AUGAGUAGUGAAAAUGCUGAGAAUAAAUAUAUUUUUUGGUGUACGCGCUCUUCCGUAUAUUUAGCCGCGAUUAUUUUUUUAGUGCUACUAAAUAUAUUUUCAUUUGAUGGAAUGAGCGUUUCGCAGACCCAAAUAUGUAAUCGAUAUUUAAGCAAUUUGUGUAAAAAUAACAAUUAUAAAUAUAAUCAUUCAAAGAGUAAGAAUGGCAAAACGAAUUUAGUUGAUACAGAAGUUGAUUCAAGUUGUGGAACGCAAAAGAAGAACGUGGCAACGCAUUAUAAAACAAAUGAGGAAAAUGAUGCAGCAGUAAAAUCAAGUUCUGUUGAUAUAGCUACAAUGCGCAAAAAAUGUUUUAAAGAGCACAUGCAUUUAACCGAAAAAGGGUUAUAUCAUUUAGUGAAUACAUUGGAAAAGGUCCCAUAUAAGUGCGAGAUGAAUAGUAUAUGGUGGCAACUGCGUUAUAUUGAAGCACGUAAAUUUGAUAAUAUAGAGAAUUAUGUAUCAGAAUAUUUAAAAGUUCUGGGAAAAAAAUAUAAGGCAAAUGAUGAUUUUGUGGAUGAUAAAUUGGAGUAUUGUACUGAAAUUAUAUACAAAAGAAGAAAGCAUCAUGAGGUUUUUUAUAAUAUGCGUUUUUAUGCCCUACUUGAUCGGGAAUCCUUUGAACUGAAAGAAUUUGUAGAUAUCAUCAAUGAGAGCCGGGACUCAAUUAAUAAAUUUAAAGAAGAAUUGGUUGAAACAUGUAAAUCGUUGUUUACUAAAAAGGAGGAAGGAAAAAAUGCUAUAAUUGAAAAAAUUAUAGACUCUUGUUUUGAUAAUUCAUAA